AUGUAUGACGUCCUCACGGAUGCCGCCACCCUCGGUGAGGCUCGGAAGCUUCAGCGCCAGCUAACAGGACUCUGCACGGUGGGCGGUUUCCCUCUGCGGAAAUGGUCGGCGAACGAGCCUUCGAUACUUGCUGAAGUGCCUGUCGACCAUCAAAUGCAACGCGAGCUUCGUGAGUGGCGACCACACAAAACCCACGCCACACUCGGACUUCAAUGGCAUCCCGGGACGGACUGCUUCUCGUUCGCCACACGGACUAUCUCGGUGGCGAACAUGACAAAACGAUCAAUUCUCUCCUUAACAGCGCGACUCUUCGACCCGCUAGGAUGGCUGGCGCCCGCUGUUGUGAACUGCAAAAUCGCCUUUCAGGCUACUUGGCUGCAGGGCAUCGACUGGGACGACCCCCUCGACAAAGCAUCCGCCAGACGGUGGCGAGAUUAUCAAGACGAGCUUCCUCUGCUCGAGCAAAUCCGGAUUCCUCGGUGGAUCGGCCCGCGUGCAUUCGAUGGCGGAACUGAGCUCCAUGGAUUCGCCGACGCUUCCGAACGCGCCUAUGCGGCCGUCUUGGAUACGGAAACACCCCACACGCUGGAAGACUUGCCAUUGGAUGUCGCCAACUGGGUGGUCGAGAUCCAGACCACUGUUCUAGGAGCUCUAUGGCAUCACAUCCCUGGUCGGGAUAAUCCAGUUGACUGCGCUUCGCGUGGACUCUCUCCUGGUGAACUGGUGAAUCAUCAUCUAUGGUGGCAAGGUCCUUCGUGGCUCCAGCUUGGGAAAUCUUCUUGGCCAGUUCCAGGCGAGCUGGUUACCUAUGAGGACCUGCCCGAGGAACGAACCCGCAUUCAUGUGGCCGAAGCUCAGCCUUCGCCUGACGAAAAACCCGCUGAGUUGCUGCGUUUCUCUUCGUUCAAUCGACUGCUACGCGUGACAACGUGGUGCCGACGAUGGCUCCCGCGACGAGGAAAUGCCGGUCCGGCGGCGGACAAGGCUGAUCAACUCUCCGGUAAUGUUUUAUCGACAGCCGAGCUGAAGGACGCACGUCUAUUGUGGAUCCGGCUGGUUCAAUCUACCAAGUACAAGGACGUAUUAAAGGCCAUACGACAGGUCCGCGGACCAGGUAAAUCUAGUCCACUUAUCAAACUCAGUCUGAUUUUAGAUUGCCAGGGCAUCCUCCGCGUCGGAGGACGUCUCAAGCACGCAAUCCUGGAUUACGAUGAGCGCCACCCCGUCAUCCUGCCAAGCGAGUCGACGUUCACCCGACUCAUAGUCGAGGCGUGCCACCGUCGGGCGCUGCACGGCGGAGUACAGAUGACCCUGGGGAUGAUUCGGCAACAUUAUUGGAUCCCUCGAAGCCGAGCCCUCGUGAAACGACAAAUUCUUCGGGCCGUGCAUCUGGAGGUCGUAUCGGACUAUACGGCCGAGGCUUUCCUGGCGGAAUUGCGUCGUUUCACCUCUCGUCGCGGAUUGUGCCAGACCAUCCACAGUGACUGCGGGACGACGUUCGUAGGAGCAGACACACAGCUACGGGCCUUCUUCGCUGCCAGCAGUCCCGAACAACAAGCGAUCGUCGGGCAGCUCGCCGCCGACAGCAUUAAAUGGCGAUUCAACUCGCCUUCGGCUCCUCAUUUCGACGGAAUUUGGGAGGCUGCCGUCAAGUCUCUCAAGCAUUAUUUGAGGCGGAAGAUGCAACCCUGA